AUGUUCUUCUUCGGUCUGGGGAAGCUGUUCUAUGUCAUCAUCCUCAUAAUCAACUCCAUCGCCGUCCUCUCCGAGGACCGCUUCCUAGCUCGCGUUGGAUGGGGUCGCACACAAGCAGAGCCCGGAUUCGGUGCGACAUACGAUAGCACAAGCGUCAAGGCCAAGACGAUCAACCUGAUCGCCAGUGUGCGGACCGUGAUGCGAAGUACGUUUCCCCGCGCGUCCAAUCCAAUAUCAGAUAUCGGCUAUGGAAACCUUGCUCGUCCACGACGGAGUCCUGUCGUCGCGGUCGAGCAAGACCACGAAUCUGAACCUGGCAGCAAAGGCCAGACAGAAAAGCUAACCUGGAACCUUGAACCUGCAGUACCCCUUAUCAUCAUCAACACCGUGAUCAUCUUCUACGAGCUGAUUCUCGGUUAA